UUCAGAUCUUUGCGCUCCCCAGCCCUCUGUCUACGCACUGCUCCGAGGGCCAGCGCCUCCACCCCUUCUGCAGCCAGCACCAUGCGCGAGAUCGUGCACAUCCAGGCGGGCCAGUGCGGCAACCAGAUCGGCGCUAAGGUGGGCGCGCCCCUGGGGAGGGAGUGGCCCGAGGUUAAUACCCGAAAGCCAAUAUGCCAGAGUGGUGCAGGAAAUAACUGGGCCAAGGGCCACUACACGGAGGGUGCUGAGCUGGUGGACUCCGUCCUGGAUGUAGUGAGGAAGGAGUCUGAAAGCUGUGACUGUCUCCAGGGCUUCCAGCUGACCCACUCACUGGGGGGAGGCACUGGCUCAGGCAUGGGGACCCUGCUCAUCAGCAAGAUCCGAGAGGAGUACCCAGACCGCAUCAUGAACACCUUCAGUGUCAUGCCCUCACCCAAGGUCUCUGACACUGUGGUGGAGCCCUAUAAUGCCACCCUCUCUGUGCACCAGCUGGUAGAGAACACAGAUGAAACCUAUUGCAUUGACAACGAGGCCCUGUAUGACAUCUGCUUCCGCACCCUCAAGCUGACCACACCCACAUAUGGCGACCUCAACCACCUGGUGUCAGCCACCAUGAGUGGGGUGACCACCUGCCUGCGUUUCCCAGGCCAGCUGAAUGCAGAUCUGCGCAAGCUGGCUGUGAACAUGGUGCCCUUCCCACGCCUGCACUUCUUCAUGCCAGGCUUCGCACCUCUGACCAGCAGGGGCAGCCAGCAGUACAGAGCCCUGACAGUGCCUGAGCUCACUCAGCAGAUGUUCGACUCCAAGAAUAUGAUGGCCGCCUGUGACCCGCGCCAUGGCCGCUACCUGACCGUGGCCGCCAUCUUCCGGGGCCGCAUGUCCAUGAAGGAGGUGGAUGAGCAGAUGCUCAACGUGCAGAACAAGAACAGCAGCUACUUCGUGGAGUGGAUCCCCAACAACGUGAAGACGGCCGUGUGUGACAUCCCCCCUCGAGGCCUCAAGAUGUCAGCCACCUUCAUUGGCAACAGCACUGCCAUCCAGGAGCUGUUUAAGCGCAUCUCGGAGCAGUUCACUGCCAUGUUCCGGCGCAAGGCCUUCCUGCACUGGUACACGGGUGAAGGCAUGGACGAGAUGGAGUUCACCGAGGCUGAGAGCAACAUGAAUGACCUGGUGUCUGAAUACCAGCAGUACCAGGAUCAAUUAAAACUAUAA